UACUAUAGAACGGUGUCAUGAAUUGAGAAGGUUACCUGAGUCAUACAUGAACAUGAACACUUCUCUCCGCGACGACGGUCGCACACCUGAUCGGACGCGAAGCGAUGGGGGCGUUGAAAGAAUGCCCGAGGGAGCACUUGACUAGCCGUGAGGUCGCGAGUCUAUGAGGGUCUGCCAUCAUCUUGCAUGGUGCAGACAUCUCGUGCUCUUCGCGACGCGCAGGUUCUCGAGUCAGGACCACUUGAAACCUCUCCGCGAUCUCGUUCUCGGCGGUCGCGCCAGCCGCAGCCAUGAGCUUCGCGCACGGAGAUACGCGUGGGGACCGGCAGAACAGCGCACUCAGCCGGCACCCUCUUGAGACCAGGCAUGCGCCGGGUCCUGCGUCUAUUGUGCCCGCGUCGACCUCUACGCAGUCGUCUUCUCAUCGGCUCGGUCGCGCUGGCUCUGCGCGGUCUGGCAUUGGCGUCGAGUGCUUGAGGAGCAGACGUCCGAGCUCGUCGUGGAUCUGCCUCGCAGGCAGGUGCAUUGGAGCCGACGCACGGUGGUGGAGGAUGGCAUCAGCAUAUCGUUCCCCAUUGCGGCGGUGGGCGAGCCGGCCAAGUAGUGUCGAGCUUGCAUCAUUCAGGACGACGGCGAGCCAUUAACGAAAUGCUCGCCGACCGCCGUCUCGGAGGUCGGGUACCGGAAGGGACAG